UAGUCUUUUGUGAAUCUCCGGCUGUCAGGAUGUGGCCGCCCUGCUUUAGCUCGGUUUUAGCAUUAGUUUUGCUGUUUUCUGGUCAUGAAAUCGCGUCUGGGCUUCAGGACGUGACCACGGAUCUGUUUGGGACGGAGAACAAGGGAACUGUAGCCGCUUUUGGGGAUUUUAACUCGGAUAAGCAGACUGAUAUCUUCAUCAUCAGAGAACAGUCUGAGCUGUUGAUCUUCUUGGCUGAUCUGAAAGCACCGUAUUUUAAACCUAAGGUGCAUCUCACCAAGAACGCCUUUCCCAGUGAUUUCAGCAUCAUCAGCAGCGUUGUCCCUGGAGAUUAUGAUGGAGAUUCUCAAAUGGACGUUCUCAUCACCGGCCACCCAAAAAGCUCAGACGGCCAACAGACCAAAAUCAUCGUCUUCUGGGGCAAUAACCAAACUCUGGUUUCAGAUCAGGAUGGGAAGGUGGUACUGAAUGGCACGUACACUGAUCAGCCCCUGGUUAUGGAUUAUAAUGGGGACAUGAUUCCGGACAUUUUCGGAGUGGUAGACGGUGUGACGGAGGUUUGCUUUCUGCGAGACAGAAAACCCAGCUGUAAGACAGCUCUCAGCACUGAAGUGAAGUUCCGGGUUCCUCACUCCAACGCCUUCAUCGACCUGAACAAGGACUUCACUGCUGAUUUGUUCCUGACCACAGAGGGACCUGGGUUUGAGACUUGGCUCAACACGAACGGAAACUUCACCCAGUCUACACUAUGGAGUACACCGAAUAAGACGGAGAAGGUGGGGCAGUCUGCUUUCGUGGAUUUUGAUGGCGACGGCUCCCAGGACCACCUGCUGCCCGUGUGUUUGGAUAAGGACUGUACAAAAAGCGCCAUUUACCUGGCAAAACCGAGCCAAGAUAAGUGGGUUCCGGUUCUGACUGAUUUUCAGAGGAGGGAUUCUCUGUGGGGAUUUGUUCCUCCAGAAGCUUCCUCUGCCACGGCGCUGCAGCCCCCCAUCACCUUACACCUCGGGGACUAUAACCUGGACGGCUUCCCAGACGCUCUGGCCAUCCUCCGCAACACCAGCAACAAAGAUCAGCAGCAGGCGUUCCUGUUGGAGAACGUUCCCUGUACGAACGCGAGCUGCAGAGAAUUGGGCCGAAUGUUUCGUGUCCACUGGGAGCAGAGUGACCUCAGCGCCAUCCACUCUGCUGCCGUGGCAACCUUCUUCGACAUCUAUGAGGACGGGAUAUUGGAUAUGAUUGUUCUGAGUCAGUCUGCGGACAAGAAGGAGCUGACCAUCCACGCCCUGAAGAACAACUUUGAGGCGGACGCAUACUUCGUUAAAGUGAUUGUGCUCAGUGGGCUGUGCUCCAAUGAUUGUCCUAAUAAAGUGAAGCCGUUCGGUGUGAAUCAGCCCGGCCCGUAUGUCAUGUACACAUCAGUGGACUCUAAUGGCUACCUGAAGAACGCCUCCGCUGGUCAGUUAAGUCAGUCUGCCCACCUCUCUCUGCAGCUGCCCUACACUGUGCUCGGAUUGGGCCGCAGUGCCAACUUCUUGGAUCAUCUGUUUGUGGGCAUCCCAAGACCUCCUGAAGUGAAGGACACGAGAAAGCAGGAAUGGACGGCAAUCAUUCCCAACUCUCAGCUCAUUGUCAUCCCCUACCCAAACAGCCAGCCUCACAGUUGGAGUGCUAAGCUGUACCUGACCCCCAGUAAUAUCGUGUUAUUGACGGCGAUCGCUCUGAUUGGUGUGUGUGUCUUCAUCCUGGUCAUUAUUGGUGUUCUGCACUGGCAGGAAAAGAAAGCAGAUGACCGAGAGAAAAGGCAGGAAGCUCAUCGUUUCCACUUCGACGCCAUGUGAAGAUCCGGAGGGGCGUCGUGCCGCGUUCAUCUCACCGGAGGAUUUAUUUAAUAACUUAUUGUCUGUUUUCUUUCCCCUCUGGAGCGUGUUUACGUGUGUUUGAGUUGAAUGUGCUGUUCUGUAUGAGUGAGAUAUCUCUGGCUGAACAGGUUUUUUUUCUUGUUUUCUGGUUUCUGCUCUGUAACGGAUGGAUGUUUACUUGAAUAUGAGAAUAUAAGAGGGAUGUUCUCAUGGAUGAAGUGUUGAUUUCCUAGAGCUUAAAGAACAUUUCAGUGCCAUUUUUGUUGGUCUUGUUGAGGUAAACUUGACCUAAACUGAUGCUGCGUUUGAGUGUAAAUCGGAAGGUUGUGUAUACUUGUAAACUAUGUCAUCGAGUCAUCCAAAAUGUGUGAAAUUAUACAAGAAAUUAAGUUAGAAAUUAGUAAAGUAAGCUUUGAAUUGUAAUAAUUAAAAAACAUUACCAAAAACUGAUUUUAAACACUUGCAUAAAUAGUAAUUAUUGGCAUAAACCUACCGAUAUGAUGUGUAUCAUGAUACAGGGGAUACAAUUCAGUAUACAGUGUCUCGCUUUAUUGUGAUACUGUAAGUAAGGUAAUAUAUUGCAUCUGUUUAAAUCAAAUUUUAGAAAAACACAAUAAUAUUUUUAAAAUCUGAAUAAAGGGAAAGUUUUAUUUUUUGUCCAAUCAGAACAGGAAGAUUUUUAAAAUGUAAACUGAAAAUUAAACAUUGAUACUGUGUUUUUGCUCAAUACUCAAUACAGUUUGGCAAAACAAAAUAUUGCAAUAAUUUGAUGUGUAGAUACUUUCUCAAUAUAGAAAGGAAUUAGUCCCAAAUUGAAAAGCAAACACUAUCAUGGAAAAAUUUAAAUGCAAAAUGUUUUUCCUUAAAAUGAAAUGCAAAACCACUAUUAUAUUACCUUAGACAUUAUAUGCACUUUAUCUCUUUAUUAAAAAACAUUACCCAAUCAUUUACAUUUUCCAAAUCAAAUGCUAAAUUUGUGUCAGAAUUGCACUUAAAAUGCAGUCAGCUCAACUGCAUCGUUUUUCACUGUGUGGUGCUCAAACGUUCAAAAGCAAAUCACAAUGCAACGGAUUACAUUUCGUCUAGGAGAAGUGUAAUCACUGUCCAAUCAGAACCCACUACUAAAAUUGGGGCGGGGCUGAGAAACCAGUAAGAAGCGAGCACCCAUAGCUGUAUUUUAAGCCAUGAAAAAAUGACUUUUGUGACAAGAUAUAAGAGGAAAUACACACUCUUAAUUCUAUAAAUUAAGGCUGGCACAGUUACAAUCAACUGCAAGUUUUUCAGAGUUGAGUAGAUUUUAACACAGGUUUGAUUCUCACACUUAGGGCGUUUUUACCUAAGCCUGGGUGCGUUUUCUCCAGGGCUUUGGUACGUUUGUCCAGUUUAAACGCUCAGGAGCAAUCAGUCAAGAGUAUCGAUCUCCGGUCGGUUGUCUCGGGUCUGCUGGUGUGGACUGUGCGGGUGUGGAAGCUAUCCAAGCUCAGGUCUGCGUGGGGUAGCGUGGGUGUGUUUGGUUCAUUUUUUAACAUCAUGCUUCCUAUAAUUGAGUUUUACAUUGACUGAUUUUUUUUUUUUUUUUUUAGCCCUGCCCCAAUUUCAGUAGUGCGUUGUCUGACUGGACAGUGAUUACAUUUUAUUGUGGCACGAAUACAGCGCUGCUCCUAGACGAACUGCAAUCCUGUGCACUGUGAUUUGCUUGUGAACAUUCACAGCCAGCGCCACACAGUGGAUUGAAUACAUUUCAAUUGAGCUGAUUAGCAUUAGGAUUGUAAGGAAGUUUGUGUGCGAUUCUGACACGAAUGUAAAUUCUUGUGUAUUGUUUUUCAGUAAAGAGAUCAGAUACAGUGAAAUGUAAUGUAAUAGAGGUUUUGCAUUUUAUUUUGGCACGCGUUCUGCAUGUUAGUGAGAAAAAGCUAUGCAUUUUGUAGAUUGCAUUUACAGUUUUCCACAGUAGUUUUUGCUUUUUUUCAAUUUGGCACUAAUUCUUUACCCUUUCCUACACCCUUAUUGGCUGUGCAAGUGCAACUUAGGAAUGUUACAAGUGGUAUUUCCCAACGUUUUCCGACAUCACUCAAACUCAGCGUAAGUGUAUUUAUAAAUGUAUUUCUUUUAGAAGUUGCAAAUGGAAAAUUGCAUUUGUAGGACCAGUUGAGGGACAUUUUUCUAUGUUUUAUUAUUUUUAAAUGGUACUUUUCUUUUUUUUAUUUUUCUUACUUUCCUAAAGUCCUUCUUCCAUUGCUAUAUUUCUGUAUUUCCCACUUGUUUGUUUCCCUCACGCAGGCCACUUUUGGCUGAAAGUAAUCAGCAAGGUGCAGAUCCACCAAUUCUUUCAUUUAUUCAGGAUUUGCAGCUGCUGUUCUCUGUAAGAUUGGCUUCAGCGGUGUUAUCUCCACUAUUCCCGCUCAGAGGGAGCUCUGCUGCAGGACGCGGACGUGUUGCUUGAGUCGGGAAGGUCGUUAUGUUUCAUUUCUGCUCGAGAACAGACAUUGAUGCUCUCUCUCACCCAAUUUCAUGCCCGCGCUGGAGUCCACUCAGUCUCGGCCUGCGCUGCACUGCAACCUGCAGAUUUCUCACAAUUACCUGUGUUAAACUGCUGUGAGAAUACCGCACCGUUCCACGCUUUGGCCUAAAUAAGUGUCCCACCAUCUGUCCCUCAUGUUCUGAAAUGUAAUGCAUCUAAAUUCUGCAGCCCAGACUCUGACUAUAAACACAGGCUGUCGUACCUGCUGUUUCUCACUCUCGCAAGUUUUACACAACUCAACUUUACAGAAACUGGAGCGGCGCUUCCUCAGUGUAUACCUCUAAUAAUACCUACAUUUAGAGUUUAUUUUAUAUAUAUAUAUAUGAACCAGUCAAACGUUUGGACACCCUUUAAAUUCAGUGAAAAUCAUGUGGAAUUAUGUAGUAAAUGAAAAAGUGUUUAACAAACCAGAUUCUUUAAAAAGUAGCACCAAUUGCUUAGAUUAGACAGUUUUGCACAUCUCUGCUGGAUUUUCUCAGUCAGAUUUAUGAGGUAGAGACACCUGAAAAUUCAGGCUUUCAGUUAACAGCUGUGCUGAACUCAUCAAGAGUUAAUCACUUGAAUUUCUUGUCUCUCAAUAAAGUGUUUGAGAGCAUCAGUUAAAGUAAAGUAGUGAAGAGGUAGAGUUACAGGUAUACAGUGAAUAGUGAAUAUUUGAGUAAUGUUCUAAUCCAGAUUAUGAGAAACAAGAACUACUCAACUAAAUAAAGAAAACUAAUAAAAAAUAUAUACUUUAAGUAUAAAUGAAGGUCAGUCAAUAAAAUAAGUAUUCUCAAGUGCAGUCACCGCAAAAAAGACCAUGAAAAACCUUUUGAUGAUGAAACUGGCACUCAUCAGGACCACUGCCAGGAAAGAAAAAGCAAGAGUUGCCUCUGCUGUGUACAGAGUUACCAGCCUCAGAAACCCCUAAAAGUUAACAGCUCCCUAAAUGCUUCUUCACAGAGUAUUUUGGUUUGUUUAACACUUUUAAUGAUUCCUUUUGCAUGUUUCUGUACAACAGAGGUAACUCUUGGGUUUCCUUUCCUGAUGAGUAGUCCUGAUGAGAGCCAGUUUCAUCACUGUGGAGUUAACCUUUAUUUAUACUGACCUAAAUUCCUGUAAAGACAGUUUCUGCUACAAACACUGAAUAAACAGGUGUUCCAACACUUUUAUUUCAAUACAGUAUAUCUUUAAAAUGAAAACUUGCUUGUGCACUACAGUUUCUUCUGUGUAAAAAUUGUCGAAAUAAUGAGGUGUGAGCUUUUGAAACAGCAUAUUGGUGGGCAAAGCUUGAAUAUACUCUAGCCUGAUUGUCUUUAAUUCUUGAGAAUUCUUAAGAAUAAACUUUAUAAAUGCGGCUUGGUUUCGAAUUGUUGACAGAAUAAAAAAAUAGAGGUUCUUUAAAUGUUUAAAGACCUCAAAUCACAUUUAUAAACAGUUCUACUGUUCAACAGCAGUGGUUCCCAACACUGGUUCUUGAUAUGUUAGUGGUUUCUUGCUCUAAAACUUAAACUUAAGGUCAGAGCUGAUUAGCUCCACUGCAUACUUAAUAUCUUAAUAUUUCUCCCUGACACAGCAGUGCUGCUGGAGUUCUUAAACAUCUCAGUGUUACUGCUGUGUUACUACUGUUGGAAUAAGGAUGAUGAAGUUGAUCUGCAGUGUUUAUAUAAAGUGUGUAAGAUGAGGAACUUCCAUACUGUCCUUACUGACCUUCAGUUAUUCAUUUCUAAAGCUGUGUGAGGCCUAAUAUGAAUGAACAGACCCUCUUAAUAAAGGGUUUAGUGUAAUUAGUGAAUCAUAAUACCUAAUGUCUAUGAAUCACCAUGGCUGGGCUUUAAUUUGCAUAUCUUUUCUUUCACCUUUACUGUAUUAACUUUCCUCUCAUUACCGACCCUCAUUAGCACUGGCUCGCCUGUGUUUUUGUGGGUGUGUAUUUUGCUGUGAUUUCUUACUACUGGUUAGAAAUUGUUUUUAUAAAAAUAUUGUUUUGUUUGCUUUUGUUGUAAUAAACUGGGAUUUGGGUGUAAAUUGGGGUCGGCUGUUCUGAAUGUUCUGCACUUUCAUAAAGCUGUGUUAAUCAUUAGUUAUUAUUAUUUUUGUAAUCAAGUUUUUUAUUGAUUUUUUAUUUUUUUUGAAAACAGUUGCAAAAAAAAAAAAGAGUACAGUAAAUAGUGUUUGACUAUUCCUUUUAAGUUCCACCCACAUCCACCAGACCACGCCCGCUUCCACCAGACCCGCCCACAACCAUCCGACCACGCCCACAUCCCCCCGACCUCGUCCAUAUCCACCCCGGUCUGUCCAUAACCACCCUGCCCCGUCUACAUCCACCCCAACUACGCCCACAUUCAUCCCGACUCCACCCACAUUCACUCCACCCCGGCCACAUCCACCUGACCCUGUCCACAUCCAUUCAGACCCUGUCCACAUCCACCCAGACCCCUGCCCACUUCCACCCAACCCCGCCCACAUCCACACUGCCCUGUCCACAACCACUCCGCCCACAUCCACCCCUCCCUGCCCACAUCCACCCGACCCCACCCACAGCAACCCGACCCCUGUCCACAUCCACCCGACCCUGUCCACAUCCACCCGACCCUGUCCACAUCCACCCAGACCCCUGUCCACAUCCACCCGACCCCUGUCCACAUCCACCCAGACCCCUGUCCACAUCCACCCGACCCUGCCCACAUCCACCCAGACCCCUGCCCACUCCCACCCAGAUCCCUGCCCACUUCCACCCAACCCCGCCCACAUCCACACUGCCCUGUCCACAACCACUCCGCCCACAUCCACCCGUGGGGUGGGGUUGGGUGCCCACAUCCACCCGACCCCACCCACAGCAACCCGACCCCUUCCACAUCCACCCGACCCUGUCCACAUCCACCCGACCCUGUCCACAUCCACCCGACCCCUCCCACAUCCAGCUGACCAUGUCCACAUCAAUCCAACCCCUGCCCACAUCCACCGAACCCCGACCUCGUCCACAUCCACCCCGUCCACAUCCACCUGACCAAGCCCAUAUCAAUCCAACCCCCUCCUACAACCACCCCACCCACAUCCACCCCGCCCUGUCCACAUCUUCCCUAAAUAUUAAUGUUCUAACCCGUUUAGUACUAACAGGAAGAAGUGAUGAAGCAUUGCUACUGCGGCACGCAUCAAAUGCAACAUUUUACAGAUUUUAAUUUAUUUAUAUGCAACAUUUUUUUUUGUUGACAUGACUGGUUGACAAAUCGCAACCAGCUAGGAAAUGUGUUUAAUAAAUGUUUUAAAUUGUAGCUUUUUACACUAAUACAUUAACACAUUAAGGCUGUGUCCCAAUUGCAUACUACAUACUAAUCCUAUUUGAUAUAUGCGUACAGUACCAGUGAAAAAUUUGGACACUCCUCUUUUCAUUCGGUGUUUUUCUUUUCUUUUUCUUUUUUUUCUACAUUGACAUGAAAACAGUUAAGGGGCACAUAUGGAAUUACAUAUUAAACAGUAAAAAAAAAGCAUGUAGCAUUAUCCAGCAUUUUUUUUAUCUUUAUAUAUAAUGAAAAUAAUAAUGUUGCAGAUGUGAGUAGCUCCUAUUGUUCCAUGAUGCAUUGCAUUGUGGGAUAAUAGUGUGCAUCAUUACAACACAUUUUUAAAAAAAAUGAGCAUUUCUGUGUUGUAUGUAUGGUGGAUAUUUAAGUAAACUCAACUUUAACCCUUUAUUAUACAUACUACAUACUAAGCCUAAUAAUCAAAGACUAAUAAGUAUUAGUACACACUUGGGAUGCACCUUUAGUAUUUAUUCAGUGGCAAAAUUUGUGUGAAAACCUACAAAGAAAUGCAUAAACUGAUUUGGCAAAAUUUGCAAUUUCUAUGCAUCUUAAUUAUAUGCAUUUUUAUUUUAUUUUUAAUAUUGUUCAAGACAUUUCUGUGUUGCAUUGAUUUGUAAUAUAGCAGUACUGUAUGCAUCAUAUACAAAACACUAGCUGGUGUUAGUAGGUGGUACACAAUUGGGACACGCCCCUCGGUCUCUUCAACAGUAGAUUUGCACGUUUAGGCAACAGUAGAGCCUUAAAACCGGCCCUUUAUAGGGCAGAUCAUGAUCAUCUAAAUAAUUGUAUAUUUUGCAUGUAUGUGGCCAUAACACAGAUCCAUAAUCUCAAACUGCAUUGUGUUUAAUGUACUUUAAUUAAUUUUAUGUAUUUUUUUUGUGAUGGGCAGUCGGUUAAAUCCGUCACUAAAUGCGUCUGAAUUGUCACUGAAAAAUAAACAGAAUCAGUUGCUUUGUUA